UUAUUGUAUUUUACAAACAUAUAAGUGUUGAAUCCUAACUUAACAAAACUAAAUCAUGAAAAUAUCUUUCAGUUUUAAGAAUAUAUAGUUAUUUAUUGUAAACAAAUUUAUGUUUUCACAAAAUGAAAUAUAAUAUUUAUUUUUAACAAACCAAGUGCUCCCUUCGCUUAAAAAUUUCUCAUUUCAUGGGAGUUUUCAUGAUGAACUCCCAUGAAAUAGGAAUUUUCGCUUAAAAUUAUAGCGAUUUAUACUCCAAAUAUUAACUGAAAGUUAUUUUUCUUAAUUCAACAACUACCAUACUUCACCAAUUAAUGAACGUUGAUUGGUACACACAAAGGACAUAAAUCGCUUAAAAUUUUCUCAUUUCAUGGGAGUUUUCUUGUUUUUCUCAUCCUCCUAUUUUAUUUACGCAUAUCCCAUAUUCGUAUUGAUUCCCACAAAAUAUUCUAAUCGAUGGUCAUCCAAUUUUGAGUUUAUCACAGAAAAUUCACUUUUCUAUUAUUAUUUUUAAACGAAAAGUCAUCCAACUUAAAGUUGAUCACGCAAAAAAUAAUUUUUCUAGUUUUCGCGAUGUAAAAGCAAUUUCUGGCAUUCCUAUCUUAAAUUUUAAAGAUAAAAAAGAAACCGAGAAAAACUUGGAAACAAGAAUAUUGGAAGAAUAUUUUGAUCAACCAAUAUUUAUAUUCAUGCUUUUAUAACAAAAGAAAUUAAGUUUAAACAAAAAAUCAAAAGGAGAACAAGCACAAACGGAACACAAAGCAGGCCUCAAUAAUGAAAUCUUAAAACUUUUAGUAAUUAAUUUUAUUGAAAAAUUGACUACAAUUAAACUUUAAUUAAAAUCAAAAUAAUUAUAAUCUCCAACCUUGGUGUUUGAUUCUGAAAACUACUGUUUUCAAGAAUUUGAUUGGGAAUAGGAUAGGAAUUGUGAUAUAUACGAUUUUUUUUUUCUUUUGUUUUGUUAAGAUACGAAUAAACCACAAUUUGAUUUGGACUACACAACUAAUGAAGUAGUUUACAUUUGUGUACAUUUACAUUAUAGAAAAGAAAUAGGAUUAGAGUCUAUUAAGGGUAUAAAAGUCAUUCAAUAUUUGAACGAUACUUAUUAAUAGUAAUUUGAUAUUCUUUUAAACAUAUUAAAAAGAAAUACAUGUCACGUAACUUUCACCUUAUUGGUGAGAGUUCGAAUCCCCACAUUAUAAUCCCCUCCCCCAUUUUUCCUUCCCUAAUCCUAUGUAAUAAAAAUAAUUAAAAAAAAAAAAAAAGAGUUGUGUUGAAUAAUGGGAAUAACAUGUCAUUUCAUUUGACGUGAAUAUAACGGUAUAAACUCUGAAAAGAAGCAAAAUUGAAAAGCUAGCAUAUUCUAACAAACAUAAGAAAAGCAAAUCGCAAGAAUAAUUCCAUCUCCUCCUUAAUUGCAUGGGCGCGUCAUUAUCGAACACGGCGGAUAACGGCUCAGGCGUAACGGGGUUAGGCGACAUGCCGGAAAGUUGCGUGGCUCUUGUUUUCAUGUACUUAACGCCACCAGAAAUAUGUAAUCUAGCUAGGCUUAACCGUGCAUUUCGUGGUGCUGCUUCUUCUGAUGCCGUCUGGGAAUCUAAACUUCCUCUUAAUUACCAACACAUGCUUGAUUUAUUGCCUCAUUGGAGAUAUGCUGGUCUUUCUAACAAGUGUAUAUUUGCCCUUCUUUCUCGCCCUGUUUCGUUUGAUAAUGACAAUAAGGAAGUAUGGUUGGACAGAGUAAGUGGAAGGAUUUGCAUGUCAAUGUCUUCAAAAGCAAUGUCGAUAACUAGUAGUGAAGACAGGAGACAUUGGAACUGGUUUCAAACAGAUGAAUCAAGGUUCCAGGUUGUGGCGUAUUGCCAACAAGUCUGGUGGUUUGAAGUAAGUGGAUCAGUGAAGUUUCCUUUUCCUCCGGAUAUAUACACACUAACAUUCAGGAUCCACAUCGGGAAAUUCCUAAAGAGACUAGGCCGACGAGUUUCCAACUUUGAGCACACACAUGGAUGGGAUUUGGGGCCAGUUCGCUUUGAACUGUCCACUUCUGAUGGACAGCGCGCAGUCUGUGAGUGCCUCCUCCAUGACAUCGAACAAGAUGAUGCAAAAGGGAAUAUUAAGCGUGGAUGCUGGAUUGAGUACAAGGUGGGUGAUUUUAUUGUCAGUGGGUCAGAUCCUGUAACUGAAGUUAAAUUUUCGAUGAAACAGAUUGACUGCACACAUUCCAAAGGUGGGCUGUGUGUAGAUUCUGUAUCAAUUACCCCCAGUAAUCUCAGGAGGUCUAGAAAAAACAGGGAGUUUCUGUAAAUGAUAUGUUUUCUAGUUUAUCAGCACUUGUAGAAAGUUUUAAAUUAGGUUCCACUACACAGCUUAUACUACCUAAAGAUUUGGUACCCUGGAGGAUGUCAUUGUGUUUUUUGUCUUAGGUAUGUCCCUUGUCCAUGUAAAUGUUAAUGCUUUGUAUUUGAUCCAGUUUUGUUGCAUAGUGUUUCUUCUAUGGAAGAUCGGGAAAUGUCACGAGUAGAAAAGUUUAAUUAUUACUAUUAUUUUAUGUAUAUACAAAUAGUUAUAUA